UUGCAGCCCCAGAGGGGACAGAGGAGCCCAUGGGACAGCCUGACACCCAAAACGAGGGUGAAAGCACCGGUGAAGACGAGACGCCUCCCGGGGACAGUAAGGAUUUAGGUGAACUCGAUGCCGCAGGGGAAACCUCUCCAGGAGAUGCCUCAAAUGAUUCUGUUCCUCAAGAUUUAGAUCCUACAACUUUAUCUUCUGCUGAGCAACCGAAAGAAGAAGAUGGAGAAACCCCGGAGCCCGAAGAGACAAUUCCGGAAAACCUCUUCUAUGACUAUGAGAAGAUCCGCUCGCAGCCGUACAUCACCCCUGACUCUGGAAUCCCUAAUAAUGUCCUUCAGCUCCUACACUCGUUUGGUUACGAUUGCACCCGGCGAGCCAACCUUCACUUGCUGGAUGACCAGACCUUGCUGUACGUCGCUGGCACCGCCUGCGUUAUCCUUGCGCUGAAGCCUCAGGGACAGAGAUACUUGCGGAGCAGCAGUGGUGGCGGCGUUGGAGCCAUAGCGGUCCAUCCGAGCAAGAAAUAUUUUGCGGUUGCAGAAAAAGGACACAAACCCAAUAUUAUAAUCUACGAGUUUCCAUCUCUGAGGCCCUACAGGAUACUGAGGGGGGGUACCGAGGAAGCUUAUACCUUUGCAGACUUUAAUGCUUCCGGGACUCUCCUGGCCAGCGUGGGCAGCAGCCCGGAUUACAUGCUGACCCUGUGGGACUGGAGACGGGAAAAGAUCACGCUGAGAUCCAAAGCCUCCUCCCAGGACGUCUUCCAAGUGACCUUCUCUCCGGAGAAUGAGAAGCAGCUCACCACCUGCGGCACCGGACACAUCAAGUUUUGGAAAAUGGCUCACACGUUCACCGGCCUGAAGCUGCAGGGAGAGCUCGGCAGGUUUGGGAAGACGGCCCUCACCGACAUCGAGGGAUACGUGGAGCUGCCGGACGGGAAGGUGAUCUCUGGCUCGGAAUGGGGGAACAUGUUACUUUGGGAAGGGGGUCUCAUCAAAGUGGAGCUGUGCCGGAAAGGACGCAGACCCUGCCACAACGGACCCAUUAACCAGUUUGUCCUGGAUGAAGGCGAGCUGAUCACCAUCGGGACCGACGGAUAUGUUAGGGUUUGGGACUUUGAAACGGUGGACACGGCGGACGCGGCCGACGAUACGGGACUCCUGGAGAUGGAGCCCAUGAACGAGCUGCUGGUCGGAAAGCACGUGAACCUUCGUUUCAUGGUGAAAGUGAUGGAUCCGGACUCACCUUUGUGGUUUGCACAGGACGCCAACGGAGCCAUAUGGAAGCUGGAUCUCUCCUUUUCCAAUAUAACGCAGGACCCCGAGCGGCUAUUCUCCUUCCACUCCGGGAAUAUUACAGCCCUGGACGCUUCUCCAUCCACGCAUCUCAUGGCCUCCACUUCACUUGACCGGUCCGUCCGGAUCUAUGACUUCGUUGGAAAGAAUCCUCUUGCAGAGAUGAGGUUCAGACAGGGAGGAACAUGCUUGGUUUGGGCUCCUCGCAUGGUCAAUCCCAAAGGCGGCCUGUUCGCAGCAGGAUUUGAGGACGGCGUGGUGCGUAUCUUGGAAGUAUACAAUCCCCAGGGGCUCAGACUGGUCGCCGGACGCCCAGGAAGCCACCGCGCCGAAAUAAACCUCAAACAGGCCUUCAAACCGCACACCGCAACCGUCACAGCCCUGGCGUACGAACGCAACGGAGAAAUCCUGGCCACCGGGAGUGAAGACAAGACCGUUUUCUUCUUUGCAGUCGGAGACAAAUAUGAGCCUAUCGGGUUUGUUUGUGUGCCGGGUCCGGUGAGGGAGCUUCACUGGUCUCCUCCGUCUCACGAACAGAACACGCUCUUGGUUCUGUGUAAGAAUGGAUGUGCCGUCCAGAUCCCAGCACCCGCCGCCGAGAAGCGAGAUCCCGCCGUCAGCUACGAGAUCACUGACCUUCGCUUACAGUACUUCCGGUUUUGCAGCAUCAGAUCCAAGAUCGAGAGGGAAGAGGAUCUGGCCCGCAGGCGGGAGGUGAAGGAGAAGAAGAGGCAGGAGAUGGAAGCCAGGUUGAAGCAUCAGAAGGGAGCGGAUCUUACAGAAGAAGACCUGCAGCAGGAGACAGGAGAUGAGGAAGAGCCCUUGCCACCACUUUAUGUUCCUGAGGAACCCAGUCCAGUCCUCUGUGGGUUUUACGCCUCCCCAGGAGAAUUCUGGCUGUCGCUGGGCGGAUAUGACUCUGGAUUCCUCUACCUGUGCAAGUUUGAUGAGAACCAGGCGGCCGACCCUAUAACAAGAAGAGACGAGCCGAGAUCUGCCCUUCCCAUCGAGAACGCUGCUCACAACCCCAUCCACAAAGUGCAUUUCAGCUCCAGCAAGCAGCUGCUCUUUUGCGGGAUGCAGGACGGCGCCAUCCGGGUCUAUCCUCUCCAAGCCAACGACCCCUCGCUACACUCCAUGCAAGGUUACUGGUCUCUUGGCGUCCACGACAACCAGUACGGACACGUCCAAGCCAUCUGCUGCAGCUACGACAAUCAGUAUUUAGUGACCUGCGGAGCAGAUAGUAACAUCUUCACCUUCAGCAUCCUAUCCAUGGAAGAUAUAGAGCGUGAUCUCAAAGAGAAGAAGACAAAAGUGCCCUCCCCGAGGAGAGACCUGGAAGGAGAGAAGCCAGCAGAAGAUAUCGAUGAUCCAAAUGCAUAUAGCAUAGAGAAUGCAAAGCAGAAAAGGCAGUAUGACCUGAUGGUGAAGGCAGCAGAAGUAAAGAAGGACAACAAGAGGCGGACGCUGGAGAGCUUGAGAAAUGAGUUCCGGGUGCUGCUGAGGAAGAAUUCGGAGCUGCCGACUCACAUGCAGCUCAGCCGAGCGGAGUUCGAGAUGGAUCACCGAAUCCGCGAGGAGAUGGAGAGACGGACCUCAGAAAGGAUCCGUACAGUGAUGAAGGAGCUGGCGUGGGAUCAGGAGAGACACAGCCUGGCGCUGAAGAAGCUGCAGGCCCGCUUUCGGGAUAACGUGGAAUUUGACACGGUCAGAGUCCGCGGCAUCAACAGCGAUCACCAGGUGUCAACGUACAGACUGCUGAGCCUCAACGAAAAGCCCUACCGGGUGAAGGGGACUCAGGGCAAGAGACGGUUAACUCGGCACGAGCUGUACCCGAAAGAGCCCGAGGCAACCAAGGACGGCCACGAAUUAGCUAUAGCAGAACGAGCUGCAGCCGAAGGGAAGGAGGCAUCGAUUCCAGUUCAGAAGCAGAAGUGGCCGGGAAAACACAAGGCGGGCAGCCGGCUCGAAAGAAUGAGGAAGAUUAUGGAGAAAACGGAGACGGCAAAAUCCAAAAUCUCCCAAAGGAAGAAGGAGUGGGAAGAACUGUACAAGAAGAAGCCCAACGACGACUACGAAGAUCCGCAGGACUUGCUGGCCAUAAAAAACGCUAAGGAGAACAUGGGAGACUUUAAACUGAAGACCGCAGCGGAUUACACGGUCCCCGAGCACCUGCGCAUCAACGCGGAGCGGAAGAGGAACGAGCUGGCCAUGUUGGAGGACACGAUCCACGAGAGGAAAUCGGCCAUGAACCUCGCCAUCCUGGCACUGAGAGACUUCAAGGCGGACACCAUCAAAGAGAUCCAGAAGUUAACCGAAGAAGUCAAACUCACGCAGUCCCGGUUAGAACCUACCAAGCGCUUGGCGGUUCCGCCGGUGCCGCGCAUGCUUCCUGACGAGGUGCCGGAGAACAAGUUCCGAUACGACAGCGAAACACUCCAGAGAUUUCAACUGGAGCAGGAAAAUAAAUCUAAACGGCCAUUAAAGGAGGAGGCUUUCGGGGGCUUCGGGGGGUUUGGAGGCGAGACAAAUACUGCCCUUAACGAAGGAGAGACGCGGUCCCUGCCAUCCUCUCGAUCGACCCGAGGAGGGUCUGCCGCUUGCGGAUCAGCGCAGGAGGAAGAGAAAUCGGAACUGGAGAAGGAGAUCGCGCGGAUCGACGAGAUCAGGAACAUGUAUGAGCAGCAGAACCUUAUAAAGAAGAUUAACGAGUUGGUGAGUAACUUUGACGCCGAGCUUCGGAUUCUGCGCCACGAGAAGCUGAAGCUGGACGUGGAAAUGAAGAUGGCCGACCUGCGCCACGUCACGCUCUUUGAGGAGCUUCUCCUGUUGAAGGAGUUUGAGAAGCGAGAGGACAUCCUGCAGGAGAGAGUCAGCGACCGAGUCUCCGAGAAGGAGGACAUGAAGGCGAAGUCUGAGGAAUAUCUGCAGCAGCUUGAGGCCAAAAAGAGAGAGAUAACAAACCUUCAGGAGCAGGAGACGGCUCUUCAUUCCACCUUCCAGUCUUCGUUGGGCGAGAACAACAAAUUUGCUGGAUUUCUGACCAAAGUCUUUAAGAAGAAGAUUAAACGCACUAAAAAGAAAGAGAUUCCCGGUGCCGAAGAGGAGGAAGAGGAGAGCGAGGACGAUUCCGAUGAAGAAUCCACCUGGGAGAGCGAUGAGGACGAGUCCGGCUCCGAGGAAGGAGUUUUCGACGACUCCAUUUGCCCCGACAACUGCGACCCUGCCUUGUUUGAGAAAACCCUCCGGCUGCGCGAGAGACGCCUGGACAUCGAGGACUCUCUGACCGAAGAGAAGAAGGUUGCAGACAACCUGAAGAAGGAGUACGACGCUCUGGCCAAAAAGGUGAAAGUUGUGGACGUGAGCCUGAGUAUCGCGGAGAAGGAGCUCGACGCGUUCCAGAGGGAGAAGCAGCAGAAGCUGAACGAGCUUCAUGUCGUGGUGCCGCUGAAACUACAUCAGGUGGAUCACACGGUAAACGGCGAGAUCCCGGGAGAUCUCUCCCAAGCGCUGGUGUUCAGCCACCAUUCCCUGGACGGCCUGCAGCGGCGGAUCGAGGAGCUGCAGCGGGAGAAGCUGGAGCAGCGGGAGCUCUACAGACAGGCGCGGGAGCAACAUAAGCAGCUGAUCCGCGACAGAAAGGAGAUGGAGUCCCAGAUACGGAAGCUGCAGGAGAAGUGUCGUCAGCAGAUGAUGAUGAAGUUCGGCCGCCUGGUGGACCUCGAGUCCCUGCAGACGCUGUCUGUGAACGUCAACCUGGAGGAGCUGAAGAUAAAAUCUUUGGAGACGGGGCAGAAAAUGGACAAGGAGGUCGCCGAGUGGGAGGCCAAGGUGAUGGAGAAGAAGAGAGAGCUGAUGGGGGUCACUCGGGAGCAGACGAGGAAGCUGGAGAAGAUGAACGAACUUCUUAUGGAACAGAAGGCUCUAGAAGAGAAACUCGAUGCACGGCAAACAUGCGCGGGUGAGGAGUUCCGGGGUCCGCGCAGCGCAGAUAUACGGGGGAGGAAUAAGCUGCUGCACAUGGUUCAGAUACAAGCCAAAGAAAUCGGGAACCUGAAAGAAGAAAUUUCCCUCCUCAGCAAGAAAGGCGGAAGUAUCCUGCCCCCCGCGCACCCCCCAGUGCCACGAAGCAGCGGCACCGUGGCUUGACUAACCCCUUAAAUCCGCCAACCCGCAGGGGUGUCCGCAGCCCCAUCUGCUCAGAAUUCUGCUAAUAAAUCUCUCCAACGGUUUGUUCCCAACCAAUCAGGACAGGCAGGUGAUAGAAAGGGAUUUAAACACCUCUUACCUGCCCCCAGCAGUCCUUAUACCCCCGGGGGGGCUGCUGGUCCUCCUGUCCGUGUUUUAAAUAAACAUUAAGUUCCCUUU